AUGGCGCUGACGCCCCGGAGGGGGCCCUCGGCGGGGCUUGUCCGGCCCGAGCUCUGGCUGCUGCUGUGGGCAGCCGCCUGGCGCCUGGGUGCCACCGCGUGCCCCGCCCUCUGCACCUGCACCGGCACCACGGUGGACUGCCACGGCGCGGGGCUGCAGGCCAUCCCGAAGAACAUCCCACGGAACACGGAGCGCCUGGACCUAAGUGAGAACACAAUCCAGGCCAUCCCCAGAAAAGCUUUUCGUGGAGCUACAGACCUCAAAAAUUUACAGCUGGACAAGAACCAGAUCAGCUGCAUCGAGGAAGGGGCCUUCCGGGCUCUGCGGGGGCUGGAGGUGCUGACCCUGAACAACAACAAUAUCACCACCAUCCCCGUGUCCAGCUUCAACCACAUGCCCAAGCUGCGGACCUUCCGCCUGCACUCCAAUCACCUGUUCUGCGACUGUCACCUGGCCUGGCUCUCACAGUGGCUCAGGCAGAGGCCAACCAUCGGGCUCUUCACCCAGUGCUCGGGCCCCGCCAGCCUGCGUGGCCUCAAUGUGGCCGAGGUCCAGAAGAGUGAGUUCAGCUGCUCAGGCCAAGGGGAGGCGGGCCGCGUGCCUUCCUGCACCCUCUCCUCCGGCUCCUGCCCCGCCAUAUGCACCUGCAGCAAUGGCAUUGUGGACUGUCGUGGCAAAGGCCUCACGGCCAUCCCUGCCAACCUGCCUGACACCAUGACGGAGAUCCGCCUGGAGCUCAAUGGGAUCAAGUCCAUCCCCCCAGGAGCCUUCUCUCCCUACAGAAAGCUGCGGAGGAUAGACCUGAGCAACAACCAGAUCGCAGAGAUCGCGCCCGACGCCUUCCAGGGCCUCCGCUCCCUGAACUCGCUGGUCCUGUAUGGGAACAAGAUCACAGACCUCCCCCGGGGUGUGUUUGGAGGCCUGUACACCCUACAGCUCCUGCUCUUGAACGCCAACAAGAUCAACUGUGUCCGGCCCGAUGCCUUCCAGGAUCUGCAGAACCUCUCACUUCUCUCCCUGUAUGACAACAAGAUCCAGAGCCUCGCCAAGGGCACCUUCACCUCCCUGCGGGCCAUCCAGACCCUGUGAGUGCCCUCUUGCCCUCCUCCCCUCAGUCCCAGCAGGAGGACCUAGGGAGAAGUGACAGGCUCCGGGGACAGGCAGCUGUCUUGUCCUGUGCCUUUUGCUCACCAGGAGUGGCCUCUUAUAGAGGAAAGAGCACAGACUUGGGGUUGGAUAGUCCUGGGUUCAACUCCCAGCUGUGCCUCUUAUUGACUGUGUGACUCUGGUCAAGUUAAUCAGCUUCUCUGGGCCUCAGUU